UGUGAACCUACAUCAAUUCAAUAUCACGUUUGACACAAAGAAACUGAAAUCGUACAGCGACCAGUGUAAAUGAAACCAAAAUAGUAUUUCUGAAGAAUUUUCCCAUUAACGUUUCCGUUCGGUUCUAACGACACAAUCAGUCUAGCCCAAUCUGUAGAUGUGUUUUUUCUUGUAAAUUGUGAUUGGUAUAAACGUCAAACAGAGACACCAUGGCGAAUUCAAGUACGCUCCAAAAAGCCAUCGAUUUAGUAACGAAAGCAACCGAAGAGGAUAAAAACAAAAAUUAUGCAGAAGCAUUAAGAUUAUAUGAGCAUGGUGUGGAGUAUUUUUUACAUGCAAUUAAAUAUGAAGCGCAGGGUGACAAAGCAAAAGAUUCAAUCCGUGCGAAAUGUUUGCAAUACUUGGAUCGAGCGGAAAAGUUGAAGGAAUAUUUGGCCAAGGGCAAAAAGAAGCCAAUUAAAGAUGGAGAAAGUUCUUCCAAAGAUGGCGAAAAGAAAAGUGACGAGGAAUCGGAUUCGGAUGAUCCGGAGAAGAAAAAAAUGCAGAACAAAUUGGAGGGCGCUAUUGUCAUUGAAAAACCAAAUGUCAAAUGGUCGGACGUGGCCGGUUUAGAAGGAGCCAAAGAAGCACUCAAAGAAGCCGUCAUUCUGCCGAUCAAAUUCCCGCAUCUAUUCACGGGCAAACGAAUUCCAUGGAAGGGAAUUUUGUUGUUUGGCCCACCCGGUACGGGUAAAUCAUACCUCGCCAAGGCCGUCGCAACUGAAGCAAAUAAUUCGACCUUCUUCUCUGUGUCCAGUUCGGAUUUGGUGUCGAAAUGGCUGGGUGAAUCGGAAAAAUUGGUGAGAAACUUGUUUGAAUUGGCUCGACAACAUAAGCCCAGCAUCAUUUUCAUCGAUGAAGUCGAUUCGUUAUGUUCAUCGCGUUCGGACAACGAAAGUGAGAGUGCACGUCGUAUCAAGACCGAGUUUCUUGUUCAAAUGCAAGGUGUUGGCAAUGAUAUGGAUGGUAUUUUGGUACUUGGUGCCACGAAUAUUCCAUGGGUCUUAGAUUCAGCUAUUCGACGACGUUUCGAAAAGCGAAUCUUCAUUCCACUGCCAGAAGAGCACGCUCGUUUGGUUAUGUUCAAAAUUCACUUGGGCAACACAUCGCAUGUACUCUCCGAAGACGAUUUGAAAGAAUUAGCAAAAAAUACCGACGGCUACUCAGGAGCAGAUAUUUCGAUCGUAGUACGAGAUGCUCUCAUGCAACCGGUGCGAAAAGUACAAACUGCAACACAUUUCAAGACCGUACGUGGUCCUUCGCCUCUAGAUAAAACACGGAUUGUCGAUGAUUUAGUCACGCCAUGUUCGCCUGGUGACCCAGGGGCAUUUGAAAUGACUUGGAUGGAUGUGCCUGGAGAUAAACUCUUCGAACCGCCUGUGACAAUGAGCGACAUGAUGAAGUCGUUGUCACGUACUAAACCAACCGUAAAUGAUGAAGAUUUGAAGAAGCUCCAGAAAUUCACAGACGAUUUUGGUCAAGAGGGUUAAUGAAUGUGCGUCGGUCCAGGCUGUCAGCUGAUUUCUGUUGCAGCGGACGUAUCACAUUAUUUGAUUUGAAUUGAUUACGAUUAUGAUAAAUGUAAUUAUUAUUUUUUUUUUGCUCUUUUUCCAUAUUGUUUAAACUUAUUCACUAAAGAAACAAUAAAAUGAACAAAAUUAACGACAACAACAAA